AUGGCUGCAUCCAAAUUUGUAGCCCCUUCCCUGUCAGAAUGCCAGUGCCUUCUCUGUACGGAAAUCCUAAUUGAACCUGUGACUUUUCCUUGCGACCACACAGUGUGCAAACCAUGUUUUCAGGAACUGCUCCUGAAGAUGGAGCUACGCUGUCCUUUCUGCCGCACCUGGAUCUCUUCGUGGGUGCAAUACCAUAGCCAAAGAAAUACUCUCACCGACCUAGAUCUGUGGGCGAAAGUCCAGAGACACUUUCCCCAGGAAUGCCGGCUCAGAGCUUCUGGGCAAGAAACUGGGCUCGUCUUUGAGAGCGACCCGCCGGUUCAUGUGUUAAUUGCCCCUGGGGAAUUGAGGCGAGAAUAUGAAGUGGAGAAGAAGAAGAUGGAAGCUGAGCUCAAAGCCCAGAAAGAAAAAGAAGAAAAGGCUAGUGCAGAAUACAUACAAUCACUAUUGGAAGAGGAGGAGGAGGAGGAACAAAAACUACUGGCAGAAAAACGGCAGAAAGAGCUGGAAGAACAACUGAAAAGGGAAGAAGAAGAAAGAAAGCUAAGCAUUAACAAUCCAGCCACGACAAAAGCAUCAAGAAAAAGAAAGAUGAAGCAAAAGCAUGGUGACACUACUGCAGCUCAGUCUCAGAGUGGGUCAACAUCCCAGCCUGAAGUACAAGAAGUCAGGAGUGCGCUAUCUGAUAACAGGGGUAGCCUUGCAGAAGGCCCUGGGGGGCAAGAUAGGAAUGUGGAAGAAAAUGUGCCAACCCCUGCUCCACAAACCAGCCUUGAAAUUCAAAAUCAAGGUGAGAAGUCCACAGUACAGUCACCUAUGCUAUCACCUUGUGCCAGUAAUGUAGAGUGGGGUGUCGAAGAAAAUGUCCCAAGACCCAGCUGUACUGGAAUCAACUCGACUAAAGAAAACCCCAAAUCUUUGCUUGUUUCUGCAAGAGGAAGGAAAGUGUUCAGAAAAUAUUCCUCAGAGCUACAGAAAGCAAAGAUUAAUGUUAUGGAAAAAAUGGCACAUUUGGAGCAGCUGUAUUUUGAGAAACAGAAACAAGAAGAACAAGAUAGGCUAUUUGCAUUGCAACUUCAUGAAAAGCUUAAUAAAACCAUAAUUAAAAAAUGGCAGAAAGAAUUAAAAAAGGAAAAUAUAACCAACGAUAUAACAACACCUCCAAACACCCUGGAAAUGGAAAAUGAAUGUACAACAAAUUCCAAUGAAAAUGACUCCUAA